CUGCUGAAUUGCAGCAUACAGAGAAGAUACUUCAAGAAUAAACAGUAACUUCUGUAUCCGUUUUCUAGCACAAAAAUAAAUGUGGCAGAGGUUUGACUAUAAAGGAUGGUAUAGUGCAGAGUAGCUGUGCAGUGGGAAUAUUGAACAAUCCUACUCAUUCCAAAAGCAAUGAAUUUGUAGAGUGAGUGCAACGGUUACUUGAAGUUUAUGGGACUGAGAGAGUUAAGGAACAUUUGGAAAUUUGUUAGCGUGAAGCUUUGACUAAGCAGGACAGAUCAAAGUGUUUGCCAGCCUGAGAGCUGGCAUAGCAUCAGACCAGCGUCCUUCCAUUGUUUAUCAGCCAAAAGAUUUCUAGCUCCUGUUGCCAUGUUGCAGAUGAGAAGACUCCAUGGAUCCUAAUACAUGAGACCAAUACAAAACACUGGCACCGAAGCUGUAAGCCUCAGUAAGAAAGAUGUUGAACCAAAGAAAACCAAAUACUAAGCAGAUUUGGCAAGUAUGGAUCUUCUACAUGGUCAUAAGUGCAAAUCACUCUGAAGAAAAAGCCACGACGCAGGUGUGUCCUUCAUGUGAUGCCACUCAAUUCUGUGACUGUUCUUCAAUGAAUUUGAGCACCAUUCCUUCAGGUUUAACAACUGAUGUCACGGGGCUAAAUCUGUCCUACAACAGCAUAGAACAUGUCAGAGAAACUGAUCUGAAGCUGGGUGUGAAUCUGAGAGUGCUGCUGCUGCAAUUCAAUCAAGUUAGGACAAUAGAUAAAGAUUCAUUUAUUUUCCUUGGAAAAUUGGAACAUUUGGAUUUAUCAAAUAAUAAGUUGACUCACUUGUCACUCAUUUGGUUUAGACAUCUUUUUUCCUUACAGCAACUAAACAUACAGGGUAAUUUAUAUACAACACUGGGGGAAAAUCCCUUGUUUUCUAAUCUCAAAAAUUUGACAUAUCUGCACCUGGGGAAUAACAAUUUCUUCUCUGCUAUACAGAAGCACGACUUUGAUGGCAUUACUGUUCUUGAGCAACUUGAGAUUGACGGUCAAAAGCUCAGGCAAUACAAGUCAGGGAGUUUGGCAACAGUUAACAGCAUAAAUCAUAUCAUCAUAAACAUAAAUGAUCAGGUGUUAUCAGUGAUAUUGGAGGAUCUUACAAAUUCUGCAAUAUGUAUAGAACUGAGAAAUAUAGCCUUCAAUACAGCUAAUGAAUCUUCAUUACUGGAGCCAAUGAGUCGUUCUGUCAUGGAGAAACUUGUGUUAAAAAAUGUUUUGUUUACAGAUGAAAGUAUUAUCAGAGUGUUAAACAUCUUGGUGCAUGCUAAACAUUUUUUGGAGCUGGAAGUGGACGAUUCUGUACUACGGGGAACUGGAAAAUGGCAUGGGCAAAUUGAAGUAAACAGAGAAAGCACCAUUGAAGUAAUCACAGUAAAGAAAUUAGCUAUAGAACAAUUUUAUUUGUUUUCAGAUCUUCAUGGUGUGGAAAAUCUUCUAGGUAACAUUAUCAAAACAACAGUUAUAAAUACCAAUGUGUUCUUGGUGCCUUGCAGCAUUUCAAGACAUUUUUCCUCACUCCUUUAUCUUGAUCUCAGUGAAAAUUUGCUUGCAGAUCCAAAUUUGGAACAUUCAUCCUGUAAGGGUGCAUGGCCCUUGCUGCAAAUUUUCAAUUUAAGUCAAAAUACAUUGGGUGAUAUACAAAUGACGGGACGAAGUCUAUCUCAUCUAAAACACCUUACUCACCUAGAUAUUAGCCGAAACAAUUUUGGUGAGAUUCCAGAAUCGUGUCAAUGGCCAGAAAACCUGAAAUAUUUAAAUAUCUCAGGCACUCGAAUAACCAAAUUAACAAUGUGCAUUCCCCAAACUCUUGAAGUUUUGGAUGUUAGUAGUAAUAUCCUCAAUGAUUUUAGAUUAAAGCUUCCACGUCUCAAAGAGCUCUACAUUGCAAAAAACAAAUUAAAGACCUUGCCAGAUGCUCCAUUUAUUCCUAACUUAGUAGCCCUGAGAAUCAGCAGAAACAAAUUAACCAGUUUCUCUAAGGAAGAAUUUGGAUCAUUUAGGAAAAUGGAGACACUGGAUGCAGGUGACAAUAAUUUCAUCUGCUCUUGUGAAUUUCUCUCCUUCAUUCAAUAUCAGGAGGGAAUAGCUAAUGUCUUGGCUAACUGGCCAGAGAACUACAUCUGUGACUCUCCGUCUUCUGUGAGAGGGCAGCAGGUAAACGCUGCUCGGCUUUCACUGUUUGAAUGUCACAGAACUUUGGCCGUGUCCUUAAUUUGCAUUCUGGUGGUCUUGGUAAUCUUGUUUAUUGUGAUCCUGGGCUACAAACUUCAUGUGAUCUGGUACAUGAAAAUGACCUGGGCUUGGCUUCAAGCUAAAAGGAAACCCAGGAAAUCACACAAUCAUGACUUCUGCUAUGAUGCUUUUGUUUCCUACAGUGAAAGAGACUCAGAAUGGGUUGAAAACUUAAUGGUACAGGAACUUGAGAAUGCUAUCCCCCCAUUUAAACUGUGCCUUCAUAAACGGGACUUUGUGCCUGGGAAGUGGAUCGUUGACAACAUCAUUGACUCCAUUGAAAAAAGUCAUAAAACUCUGUUUGUGCUGUCAGAGCACUUUGUGCAGAGCGAGUGGUGCAAGUAUGAGCUGGAGUUCUCGCACUUCCGUCUCUUUGAUGAGCAUAAUGAUGCAGCAAUUUUGAUCCUUUUGGAGCCCAUUCAGGAGCAAACAAUUCCCAAAAGAUUCUGUAAACUGAGGAAAAUAAUGAACACAAAGACCUAUCUUGAAUGGCCUCUUGAUGAAAAUCGGCAGCAAAUAUUUUGGAAUAACUUGAAAACAGCAUUAAAAUCCUAUGAUGUCAUUUUAGGCUGAAUCACUAACUCAGCCACACUACAUUUCCAAGCAGGACAUUUGUGAAUCCUUUUUCCUGUUAAGAAACAUUUUGUUAUGCUGACUUUUAUUUCAGUGUUGUGGAGGCUUGACUUGACUGCACACUAAACUAAUUUUAGCUUUGCUAAAUGAAGGAUACCAGCUGAGAACAUUCAACUGUUUUAGAGAUUCUUUGGUUUUCUGACCUUUCUGUUAAUAAGUACCCAAGCAUCCCUGUCUGUGAAAAUGCUUUUGGGAAGAAAUUCUACUGAAGCUGGUGUGCUUCUGUAGUUUCUUUUUAACCAUUCCAAAACAAAUGCAGUUACAGUGCUCUCUCUCUUUCUCUCUCGUAAAAAAGAGAGACAACAUGCUGAAACAUACCACAGGAUCCAUUGAUUACAUCGUCUUUUUUGUUUUAGAUACCAUCAGACUAUUUAGAGUCAUUCAAGAAAAAUGCAGUGGAAAAGUAGAAAUUGCCCAGUUAGAUAAAAAUAAGAUCUCUGAAGCCAGAUCCUCCCACAGGUAAUACCUUUCAAAGAGAAUAGAUUAAAUAUGUAACUCCAGGGGAAUCAGUGGAUUUACACCAGGAUUGUUUGUGGCCCAGCAAUUUAAGAAUGAAGCAACUUGACAAAUAUGUCAGAUACUUGAUGUGGAAACUUUGAGAUGUGUCCAGUCUCAAAGGUCAUAGGAUCACUAUGUGUACAUUUUAAUGGUCUAUGUACUUUAUUAUUUCUAUGUGUUUAUUAUUUGUUAUUAUAAGCGCUGUAAAAACACUGAAGUCACAGUCCCUGUCCCUAGUAGCUUACCCUAAAAUAUUCAAACAACAGACAAAAUGCUUGUGGAUGUUGUUAAGUACCCAUCUUUGUUAGGUUUCCUCUCCCUCUUCCCAUGUGCCCCAGCCAACCUGUUCCACUGUUGCUGCCCCAUUGUUACCCUUCUUUCCUUCUACCUACCCCACUAAGGUAUAGGUAUAGUAGAUUUAUGUUUUUUUACAGUGGGAUUUUUUGCACGGAUGUAACCACACCUAUGUAGUGGCACCAGUGCAAACCUCAUGGGUAGACACCACAUUGUUGUAAAAAGUGAGUUUAACCCACUGUAGUUUAUUUUGCAUAACUGAGGCACCUCAAAUUAGUAAACAUUAUUGCAAAGACUGGCCAUAAUCUUUCUGUGCCUUAGUUCCCCAUUUGUAAAAUGGGGACAAUAGUACCAUCUCCCAGAGAAGUUGAAGAUAAAUUCAUUAAUGUUUGUAAGGCACCGAAUACCUUGAUGACAAGCACCAUGGAAAAUCCUAUGAGGAAAUGAAUAUUUUUGUAUUCAGUGCAGGGAUUAAAUGGUGUACAAUAAAUUAGGCACGAGGCCUCACCUUGAAUUAUGAGGUAGAAAGGAAAUAUUGAAGAGUUGCUGAUUUGACGAGCAACCUUUACUCACUCAUCUCCUAACUUUUAAGUGCUUGACUUCAGAACUUUAAUAAUAUGCUGUUAAUGUAGUAUUUUAUGCAAUUUAUAAAUAUAUUAAAAUAUAUCUUUCUUUGUUUUAUUGAUGGAAGUGAGAGACAACUGGUGACACUGCAUUUUAAGAAUACAGGAAAGGAAAAAUAAA